CUGAGAGUUGAUUUUUUUUCCAGGCAGCAGUUGUGAUUUCAGCCACCAGAGGUCGCUGUUGACGUUUCGUCUCGACGCGCAGCGGGAUCCCAGGAAGCUCCGUCUUCAGGUCCCAGUGGCGGGAGCGCGCAUUAGUCCGGGGUGUCCUCCUGAGGGACACGUGCACCGGGGACGCGCUUGUUAGUGAAGAGGGAGUGAACCGGACCACCGCCUCACUGUGAGUCCCGGGAGUCAGAUCCAGGACUUCGGAUUGUUUCAGGUGUGACUUUCGUAUUGGACUGUUUUCUCCGGCGCUUGGAAACAUAUUUAACUGGAGCCUGUGUUUCUGGAAACACAUUUAAUCCGCUGGUUGGGAACCACGGAGAGGUCUGAUCCACGGAGACGCUGCUGUGAAUAAACCCGUGCGUAAAGCUGCUGACCAGCGCGCCAAAAGAAACCGGACUUUACGCAUUUUUACGCACAAAAAAACCCCCCAGAAACUUGACAAACAGGCUGCAGCUCAGUCGCACUUUUCACCACACGUGUUUCCUGUGUGAGGACGAUGACAGUCCCAUUAAAGUGCGAGCUGCUCCUCAGGUGGGUUUAACCCUGCUCUGGAUGAGAUGUGACCAUGUCCUUUACGCACCGGCUCGUUCUGCUGCUGCUCGGCUUCAGCUCCAUCCACACGGUUGAUGGAAAGUUUCCUAACUGCCAGUUCCGCUGGGAGCUGCAGAGGGCCGAGAGGGAGUGUUGGACGCAACUGCAGCAACAGACGCCACCCAGCACAGGAUGUCAUGGCGAGUGGGACAGCGCUUCCUGUUGGCAGAACGCGGUGGUGGGUGAGGUGAUGACCCUCCCCUGCCCCUCCCCCCUCCAGCAUCUUUUUGGGAAAAAUGGUAACCUCAGCAGGAACUGUACAGAGAGAGGCUGGUCGGACGUCUACCCCAUCAUCACCAUCGCCUGCUCGUCAAACAACACAGACGAACCCAACGAGCUGGUUUUCUACAGGGUGGUGAUGAUCCUGUCCACUCUGGGCCACAGCCUGUCGCUCAUCACCCUGCUCACCAGCACCGUCAUCAUCUGUUUAUUCAGGAGGCUCCACUGCAUGAGGAACUACAUCCAUCUGAAUUUGUUUGCGUCGUUCAUGCUGCGAGCCGCGGCCGUGCUGAUCAAAGACACUCUGCUCUUCUCAGACGAUGAAAGCAACAUAGACUGCAGCACACAACCCUCAAUGGUGGGCUGUAAAACCAGCCUGGUGUUCUUCCACUACUCCAUCAUGGCAAACUUCUUCUGGCUCCUGGUGGAGGGUCUCUACCUGCACACGCUGCUGCUCGUCAUCCACACCUACUCCACCCCCCUCUCCAUCUACAUGUUCAUCGGCUGGGGAAUCCCUUUUGUUUUCAUCGUGGCGUGGAUCACGUGCCGGAUAAACCUGGAGGACACAGGGUGUUGGGAGAAAAAUGACACCGUCAUCCCCAACAGGCUGAUCAACUGGCCCAUAGUGGCGUCUGUCAUUAUCAACUUCAUUCUGUUUAUCAGCAUCAUUCGUAUUCUGGUGCAGAAACUGCGCUGCACUGACGUCGGAGGAAACGAGCAGUCGCAAUACAGACGUCUGGCCAAGUCCACCCUCCUGCUCAUCCCUCUGUUUGGGAUGAACUACGUGGUGUUCGUCUAUCUGAUGGAGCCGGCUGAUAAAAACAUGAAGCGCAUCAAGAUCUUCUUCGAGCUCGCUCUCGGGUCCUUCCAGGGUCUAAUCGUGGCCGUCUUGUACUGUUUCCUCAACAGCGAGGUUCAGAGCGAGCUGAGGAGGACGUGGAGGAGUUUAUCGCUCAAGCGUUACGUGGGGCGCGACUACAGGCUUCACCCCAUGUCGGUGAGCCGCAACGGCACCGAAAACUCGGCCCAGUUCCCCAGGAACUCCCGAGCCCAGUCCAUCCUGCAGACUGAGACCACCGUGCUCUGACCGGGGACAGAGGAAACCUGGUUUUGUGCAGACAGUUAGAGCUUGUGCUCAUAAUCAAAGCGACUCAAGGACGCUCGUUUGCUGCUGCAGGGACUGAACCUGUGACUUGCAGAGGUUUCUGAGCUGAAGAC